UUCUUCGUUACAUAUACAUACAGAGAGAGAGAGAGAGAGAGAGAGAGAGAGAAUGGAAGAGAAGGAAGCUUUUGAUGGAGAGGGAAUGCUACAAGCCCAAGCAGAGAUAUGGAAAUACAUGUACCAAUUUGCAGACUCAAUGGCACUUAAAUCUGCUGUAGAGCUCCGCAUAGCAGAUAUCAUACACUCUCAUGGCUCCCCAAUCACCUUGUCCCAAAUCGCCGCCGGGAUCAUCGACUCUCCUUCCCCAGAUAUCACCUGCCUGGCGCGUAUCAUGAGGUUGCUGGUCCGCAGAAAGAUCUUCACCGUUACUCCUCAAUCAGACGGCGGAGAGGCUCUCUACGGGCCAACCCACAUGUCCAGAUGGCUUUUACACGGCGCAGAACUCAGCCUAGCUCCAAUGAUUAUGAUGGAGAACGAUCACAGGGCAUUAGCCCCCUGGCAUUACCUCAGCAACUGUGUGAGAGAAGGUGGUAUUGGAUUCCAAAAGGCUCAUGGCCGUGAGAUAUGGGACUAUUGUUCCAUGAACCCAGAAUUCAACAACAUCUUCAAUGAUGCGAUGCGAUGUACGGCCAGGAUCACGAUGAAGGCGAUCAUGACGGGAUACAAAGAUGCGUUUUGUGGCGUCGGAUCGAUGGUUGAUGUGGGAGGUGGGACGGGGGCAGCCAUGGGUGAGAUCGUGAAGGUGCAUCCUCAUAUUAAGGGGAUCAACUUUGAUCUGCCACAUGUCAUCGCUACGGCGCCGGAGUACGGUGGAGUUUCUCAUGUUGGGGGUGACAUGUUUAAGGCAAUUCCUAGUGCUGAUGCCGUCUUCAUGAAGCGAAUAAUGCAUGAUUGGAACGACGAAGAUUGUGUUAACAUCUUGAAAAAUUGUCAGAAAGCAAUACCUGAGAAAACCGGAAAGGUGAUUAUCAUUGAUGUAGUUCUAAAUCCGGAAGGUGAUGGCAUGUUUGACGAUACAGGAUUGGUGUUGGAUCUGCUAAUGAUUGCUCACACUGGUGGAAAAGAGAGGACAGAGCUUGAAUGGAAGAAAGUAUUGGAGGAAGGAGGUUUUCCGCGCUACAAUAUUAUCAAAAUUGCAGCUUUUCCCUCUAUAAUUGAGGCUUUUCCGGAAUGAAUUUUUCAUCUCCACUUUAGCUAGAAAAUGCUAUGUAACCUAAACCAGUUGAACAUGAGACGGGUUUCAAAUCUUUUUAUCCUUCUGUUUUAAAUUAUUUGUAAGUGUUGAAUCAUGUCUCGAAUUUUUAUAUUUUGACGUUAUUAUGUGAUUCACCUAUUAUUCACUUU